AUGCCUUUGCGGCUGGGAGUUAACUCGAUAGAGAAUGGGUCUGGCCAAAUAUGGGGGAAGGGAGCUGGUCAGAUCAGCCCUGGGCGCAAGCGCAACAUCGUUAUCGUAGCAGAACCCUUUAGCCAAGUGCUGAUCCUGUUCAGACAGAAUCUAGGUCCCAAACGCCCGACUCUAUUGUAUAGAACCCUCAGCAGGAUCGCAGGCUCGCAAGGGGUUCUGGAAUCAGCUCUUCAGCUCAGGUUCGAUGCAGCGAUUCCUGCGACUGCGCCCGAUACUCGAGACUUUGCGCGCGAUGCUUGA